AUGGUAGAAGCCGAGACAACUCUCCAAAAAUUGUUCCCUGUUGCAUUUCAUGGCUGUACAAUUGACACGAGAAACCCUACUAGGAAAACGGAUACUAAAGUGAAGAGAAUCUCGAAGCUUGUCAAGGGAUUAAACUCUGGCAACAGAGAGGCAAUCCAAAAGAAACGGUCUGAAGUUUUUUACCUCAUUGAGGAUAUUCAUAAACAGUAUCAAUCACUGUACGCUUUGUAUGAAGAUUUGAGGGAAAUAGUGAAAAGAAAAUGCAUUAACGAAGAAGAUAAAGAAGACUGCGAGUCUUCUAGUUCUUCAUUGUCAUAUUCAUUAAGCAUGGAAUCAGCUGCAUACUAUUCCCCAAGCAGUGGAUCAAAAACACCAAGUCAUGAUCAACCAAAAGUGACAAUAUUAACAGAUGGACAAAGUGUGAGAUCAGAGAUUUCAUGUUAUUCUUUAGAGGAUACAAGUGAAGUUGUAAAAGAAGCAUUAAGUGUUGAACCCGUGUCAAGUUCGUAUAAGGGGGAAGAAAGGGAGGAAGAAUAUAGGGGUGGAAUAGUAGAGAAGCUCAUGAAGGAAACUGGGUACUUAAGAGAUAGAUUGGAUGAGAAAGAGAAGAAAUACCAGAAUCUUGAAAACAAGUCAUCUGCGAAGUUGAAGGAGUUAGAAGACAGAAUCGCUGCUUUGAAUCUCGAGCUCGAGGCGGUGAACCAUCAAAAGGGUGAACAUGAAGAUGAGCGCAGAAAUGAUGAAGUUCAUAAAACAAGCACGGAAAAAUCAGAAUUUCAGUCUUGGGUUUCUGAGCUUGAACUUGCAUUCAAAGAGAAGGAAGGUGAGGUUUUGAAGAAAAUGGAUGAGUGUGAAAAGAUUUUCAAGGAUAAAAUAGACGAAUACAUGGAUCGACUCCAUAAUUUGCAAAAGGAAGUGGAGUAUUUACAGUCCCAGAAUGAAGCUCGGAAAAGAUUCACAUACGAAAAAGAGAAAGAAAUUGAGUCAUUGAGGAUUCAGAAUCAAGAAUCAGAAAUGGAGCUCAAGAAAAAGACUAAAGAAGCCGCAGAUUCCCUUGAGCUCUUAGAAAGUUUAACAGAGAAGUUAAACCAAAAGACCACAAACGAAGAGGGUUUAGUCGAAGAAAGGGACGGUCUGCAAAGGCGAGUAAAAGAUUUGGAAGUCAUGAUUGUAAGCAUACACGACGAAGCCCAUUUAUCGAAACAAGAAAACGAGAAGCAAAAAACAACAAUUUCUCAGCUGGAAGAGAAACUCCAACAGAAAGAGGGUAAGAUUUCUACUCUUGAAUCAAGAAUCGAGAGUGUCAAGAAGGAGUUAUCGACCAAGAUGAAAUCCCUCGAGCAAAAAUUCAAGUCUUCGGAGAUCGACAAAAGGGAACUCGAAGGAAAAAAUGACGUUUUAGCCGCAACACUCGAGCAAAAAGACAUGCUGGUCAACAAGCUAAACCAUAGCGCGAAAUCCACUUUCCACUCUAGUGUGAAGAAAAUGGGCGAGAUGGUGGACGAAUUCCGAAAUAAAUCUGAAGAUAGCAUCCGUAUCCUGAGCCAAAGAAUCCGCGUAGCGGAGCAGCUACACAACGAAACGAAAGACUGGUACAAGAAAACCAAAGAUAAAUACGAGCAAGACCGAAGAGACAACGAGCUAGCAUUUCGCAGCAUCAAGCUCGUGAUGGCAACCGUGAGCGAUACAUUGAGCGUCUCCGAGACGCUCGGGCUGCGAUUCGUUGACUGUUGUGAAGACUUCAUGAACCGUGUGUCGAAAGUGUCGUGCGAGAUAAACUUUGUGAAAGAUUGGGUGAAAAGAAAGAACAGUGCAAUGGUGGAAGUGAAGGAAGAUGUUGAAACACUUACAAUUCAAUUAGAUAAUAAAGAAGAGGAGAUAUUAGGAUCAAGGGAAAAAGUAUUGAAACUGGAGAACAAACUGAGGGAAUUGGAGAAAACUGUGAGGGAAUUGGAGAAAACUGUGAAGGAAAAUAAUGAAUCCAUGAUGGGUUUGAAGGAGGAGAAACGGGAGGCCAUUCGGCAGCUGUGCGUGUGGAUCGAUUAUCAUCGUAGUCGAUCAGAUUUUCUGAAAAGAGCGUUAUCGGAGCUCGUUACGAGAAACCAGAGACCGGCUUAA